UAUUUGCAGUAACAUGUUUUGGCGGCCUACAGGAAACCUGAAUCGCUGUAACUGCUAGUGUUGGUGCUUUUGAAAUACCUUUCCAUCAUAUGGAUAUUGUUGAAUAUCAUUUUCUUGUUGUGGUGUAAAAACCUAAAAAGUAUAAUUAUGGCUCGGAAAAGUAAUCUUCUUCACGAAGUUUUCCAAAAGUCGUGGAAGCUGCAAGAAGAACAACUUGGGAAAAUUCUGAGUCAAGCGGGAUCAUUUCAUGACUGGUUGCAACCUAUUGUCCCUGCUGCAAAAGAAGCCAUUCAUAGCAAUGUGGCUUGUAGCUUGCCAGGGGCUCCCAGUGUGAAGAGACAUAAACUAAAUGAACCUGAGCCAGAUCAAUGUGAUGAAAUUUUUUCUAAUGAAGAGAAUGAGAUCUCUGAUGAUAAACAGUGUAAGCUCACAGAAGCAAAAAGGCCAAGAAAGCUCAGAAGAAGCACUAAGGGUUCCAAGCCCUCUGUGUCUAGGUCAAGGACUUCAAAACGAUCAUCUACAAAAGCAAAAGCUGUGGCAGUCAAAUCAGCCUCAAGAGUUACCAGGUCUGCAGCCAAAGAUACAACUUUAAAUGAAAGCACCAUAUUUAUAGAGUCUAGCUUACAUAGUAUACAUGAGGCUGGAUCAAGUGAUGGUCAUUCAGAUGAUCUUCAGUCAAACACAACAAAGUCAUUCAUAGAACAUGAAGCAGACUUCUGCUUGAGUGGCAACAAAAAGUCAGACUCUACAAAUUUUAACAAAGAAGUUCCAAGUUCAAUGAAAAACUCAGAUGAUUCAGUUAUACCAAGAAAUUCAAUACAGAUUGUGGCUAGUAAAGAAGCUAUCAUUGAAGAAAAGGAUGCUGCACAUAGUUCCAAGGAAAUGUUGUCAGGAAAUGAGAUAAUAAGGGAUGUUGAUAUGGUGGAUGAUGCAAACCAACAGACAAAUCAAUGCAAGGUCAGGUUAGAAAGACUAAGUGCUGCUGAAAUUGAAAAUAAAUGCGAAACUGAACAAGAUCAUGUAGGAGUCAACAAUUGCGAGAACAUGUCAAAUCAAGAAACAGAAAAGCUAAUGGCUCUUGAAAAGCAAACAAUUGUUUGCGAAUCUCCAAGCAAUCUUGUACCAGGGGUACAAAUAGCAAAAAUUAAAGAAAGAUUAUUUGAAAAAAUAAAAGUGCCGGCAUCAAGUACACCCAAAGCUCAAAGUCCAAGAAGAGGGAGAAGUCCUCUAAGAGGGGGUAACUGCAACCCAAGGAAGGAAAAUAGUCCUGCUUCUAAAGGAAGAAAAAUAGAAAAAGUAAUUGUAAGUGACCAGAUAGAUAACAGUGAGGAUGUUAUUGUUGAUGAAAAGAAGAUGGAGGUUUUCAUUUCUACUGACUGUGAUCCAAUCAAAGAAGUUGAAUCUAGUGAAAAUAAGGAUUCGAAUGGUGAAGAAUUUGACAAUGACUCAGAUGGUUGCUAUGAGAGAAAGGGACCCAAAAUAGUGAAGCCAGUAAAACCCAAAAACAUUGUUUCUGGGGUUCACUCGUUGAUACAAGCUGCAAACCAGAACAAUAAUGUGAUAAACCAGGCACCUUACACAAAGAAGGGAAACAUAGUUGUUGGAAUUACUUCCUUUAUCAAGUCUAACACAGAAACAAAAACGGAAACAGUUCAGGAAAGAAAAAAGCGCAUAGAAGAGGAAGUCCGAAAGCGUGAACAAGUCCGAAAAAAACUUGUCGAGCAGGCUGAACUCAGGAGGCAACAAGAAAUUGAUGAAAGAAAGAAACGACGGCAAGAGCGUGAACAGCGUGUUGCCGAAGCCCAGGCAAAGAAGGCACAGGAGGAUGUGGCUAAAAUCAAAAUUACACAAGAAAAACUUGAGCUGAUGAAGAAAAAAGAAGAGCGUGUCAGGAAGUAUAAAGAAAAAGAAGAAGAAAUGAAGCGUAAAAUGAGGGAGAGAAAAAUGGCUGAGGCAGAAGCAAAGCGGCGAAAUGAAGAACUUGAAAGGAAAGCCAAGUUAGCUGAGAAGGAAGAAGAGGAUAAGAAAAGGGCAGAGUUUUUGCAGAGAAAGCAGGAAUAUGAAGAGGUAGAGCGUAAAAAGAAAAUUGAAGAGCAGAAACGGUUGGAGGAGCAGCGACUUGAAUGCCAUCAACGCGACUUACAACUUCAAGAAGAAAGAAUUAGAAGAGAGAUAGAGGAGAGGGAGGCUCUGGUUAGGAAAAGACUGGAGGAGAAAGCUCAGAGAGAAAAGGAGGAGCGAGAGCUGAAAGAGCAGCAAGAAAAGAAGCGACUCGAGAAGGAAAGGCAAGAGAGAGAGGAACAAGAAAGUCUGAGAAAGGAAGCUGAGGAAUUAGAGAGAGCACGAAAAGAAGCUGAAGCUAAAUUGAAAAAGGAAAGGGAGCUGAAAGAAGCCAAGGAACAGGAAAUGAAAGAGCGCGAAGCUUACUAUAAGAAGAAAUUGGAGCAAAAGCAGCUUGGUGAAGUUAAAAGAACCUUUGAUAAAGCAGAGCUAGAUAUUAAAGAGUCAGUGAUGAAAUCGCCGGCUCAUCCAGCACCACAUCUUAAUAAGACAGCGCAGAAUCAAGUCCAGAAGGUUCAUUGUACUUCUUACAAGACGCCUACGUUGAAUAAAGUGAAAAGCAAAUUGCACAAGAAAAGGUCGCCGUCUCUUCAGUCGUAUGAUAUUGAAGAUUUAAAUGAAGAUGAUUCGACUGAUGAUGAAGAAGAUCCAGCCCAAAUGGUGCCUAGCUGGGCCAAAGGUGCGAAUCUCACGGAGUCCGUACGCCAACAGCAACGCAGUGACAUUGACCCUUACGAAAUAUUUGCCAACCUGCUUCAGCCACCAAAGUUAGAGGAAAUUUUCCCUAAAUUAAGAGCAAGGUUUUUCAAGCGUACCAGUAGUGCGUGCUGGGAUCAUCCACCAAGGCCGGCUAAAACGGUGCUGUAAAUAUGUGUACAAUUGAUUUUUGUAGCAGUUUUUAGACAUUUUAUAGAUACUAGCAUGAUUUGGUAGAGUAGUCAAGUUGGUAAAUACAAAAAGUAACCGAAGGUCUCCUGAAAGCAACACCCAACAUUCCACAUUGUAGGCGGAUUCUUUUGAAGCAAUAAAAUUCACAGGAGGAUAGGUAAUUUUACAGGGCGACUCUGUGGUCUGUCCUAGCCGUUAUAACCCUUUGACAAAUUUGAAGUUUUAAAUAUCACAGUAACUUUGAGAUCCAGUACUAAGAGUGCUGUAAUUUAGUUAUUUUCUACGGGCAGAUUAGAAAUUAGACGUUUCGGUGUGUUACGAUGACCAUGAAUAUUUUUGGUUUUUCAGUACUGUUUAAGAUUACUUAAAGGCAGUGUGUCGCGCUGUUCAUUGGCAAUUGUUUGUUGAAUUUCGAGGGUCCUCGAAUUUAGAGAAGCGUGACAAAUUGGUACAACUGGUCAAUAGCAACUAAGAGGCGUCCUUUGUUACGAAAUGAAAACUCACUGAAAUAUAAAUUGUGUUCUUUGUUUCGCCAAACCAAUGAACCGCGCGACGUACUGCCUUUAAGGCUUUCAAUACCAAGGCAAGGUACAAAGCUGAAAAACCUUGAAUCCUUUAAUUUCGACAAAUAUUUCCCACCAAAGUUGUAAAUAUUUAUAGUUUUUCUUGUUAACUCUCGUUGGAUCAUUUUGCAACAUCAUGCCUCCAGUCUCGUAGUUUUUAAAAGAAUAUGCGUUGAUAUGUACAUAAAUAUUCUUUCGUUUUUCAUUUUUCAUCUUUUUCUUCGCCAAUCAAA